AUGACAACAGCUCCCAAGAUCCAUGAGAUCUUUGUCGAGGAUGAGGAAGGAGCCUUGGGGCAUAUGCCCUUUGAAGUGGCACAUGCACUCUUGCGCUUGGGUUGGCAUGAGUCUUGGUUUGCAGCCCUGGCGGCCCUUCCAGAAGGCCAUGAGGAACGCCGAGAAAGCCACCAAAGCUUGGCUAAGGAGGCGCGAGAAACUUGGAAUGUCCUGGCCAUGCCCUGGGCUAGUGGGCCCCGAGGUGGCCAACGUGGUCGAGACGUGGUGGAGAAUGUGAGAAGCUUGACACGCGCGGCCGCCAAGCAUUGCGCUGCCAUGCGCAUCUACAAGGAGAAGGAUGGGAAAAGCACUGUGGAGCUUCAGAAGCCAGCAGAAGAGCCUUAUAAGGAGUUUGAGUCAGCUCGGAGCACUCUAAGUAACUUGCAUGGCACACUGGCCCAUGUGUUGGUUGAGCGCAUUGUGGAGGUGGUGUGGGCUGCCGGCUGGCAUGCAGCCAACACAGUUGCAAACAUUGAUGAUUCCAAUGAAGAAGGGGAGGAAGAGGAGGAGCAUGAGGAAGAAGAGGAAGAAGGCGAGGAUGGAGAUGAUGAAGAGGAAGAUGAGGAAGACGAGGAAGAUCGCUUUGGUGAAGAUUAUCCAGGUUCUUCGGAUGACCCUGUGGAGGACAUGCGACAUCUGCUGGAGGCUUUUCACAACCUCUUUCACUCUGAUGAGCCAUGUCGGGGUGUUCGUUGCUCCUUAGCUUCCGAGUCCGAAGGUGUCCCUGCCCUUGAGACGAUCUCCCGCGUUCCAGGGACCUGGGGCGAUGCUGGCUUGAACUCAGUUCGACUAGUCCUUCCAGACUGGUCUGGCUGUAGCGAUGCCGUCGACAGCACCGCGGGCGACUUCCUGCUCAAAGCAGAAGCUCUGAAUCUGCGAGUCAUUCUGGAACUGCCGGCAGUUCCAGGAAAGGCCUAUGAAGAUUGGCUCCGUGCUUUAUCACGGUCUGUGCAUCCCAUGAAGUGCGUGAGGGGUGUAGCUUUGCCCCGAAUCCAAGAUGCCUUCCGUGCGGCUGGUUUGGUGAGUGCCCUGCGGCAAGGUGGGCUCACACAGGACCGGUGUGCCUGCUUCCUGCAGCUGCCUGCGGGAAAGAUUGAGGAGUGUCAAGAGAAGUUGUAUAAGAGUGAUUUGGACACGGAAGCGGCCCAGCUCCCCUUGUGGAUUUCCGAUGGCCACGUCCUGAUGGAGGCUCCAGCACAUGUACAACUUCCGGACAAGCCAGAGUCGCCGCAAGUGAUUCUGGAUGCGGCUUCGGCACUGUCUGAAGAGCACAAACAUUUGGACCUCGUCAGCAGCUGGAGCUUGACGAUUCCAAGUCCGCUGCCGAAGCUCCCUCCAGGUGCCAAAGAAAUUGAGCUCAUCCAGGAGUUCGCGCAACGAAUGGUGGCAUCCAUGGAGGUGGCUGCACGUGGCUGGUUCUUUGAUUCAUGGAAUGCCAAGGGCGAGCAAUCCUUACAAGCUUGCUUGGAAAGGGGUUGGAUCAAUUUGGCCGCCACGGAACAGAUCAUGUACCCCCACGGCAGUCACACCACAAGCUUGGUCUACUUACAUGGAUUUACCUGUUCAGGUUAUGACUACUUGAAAGAGCCGUACUUCGUUUAUCGACCGAAGCCCAAGAAAAAGAAGAAGGCAAAGAGCAAGGAGGAGGAUGAGGAGGAUGAGAUGGAGCCAUUCCCUGGUUUGAAGGUGGUGUAUCCGACUGCUCCAAAGAGAGCUAUUACAUGUUACCAGGGGGAAAUCCUACAUGCCUGGCAUGAUUACAUCACUGACCACGAGGGCGACCUCGAGGACGAGCUGUCCUUGGAAGAUCUUCAAGAGACAACAGCUCGAAUACACGCCUUGCUCGAUGCUGAAGCCGCCUUGGUGGGUGGAAAGAACGUCUUUCUGGGCGGAGCUUCUCAAGGCUGUGGAACUGCCCUGCACAUCGCUUUGACCUAUAAGGGCGACUUGGGCGGCGUGAUCGGCACAAUGGGCCAUUUGUUGACCUGUACACCAAUCACACCUGAGUGGCUUGCAAAGAAGAUCCCAAUUUUCGUGUACAACGGACUGGAUGACACCACCAUGAAGUGGGAAGAGUGGGUGAAGGCGACUUGGCAGCGGCUGCAAGAUGCCAAAGCAGACAUCCGCAUCGUGUUGGACGAAGGCGUGGAUCAUGGGGAGAACGAGGAAGCUUGGAUGAGGAGCUUCCUAACUGACGUGAUGAAGACGGCUGCACCGAUCUCAGUGAUUGGAAUAAAGCUUGUCAGCUUGCUGCAUUACAUCGGCACGGAGAUUGUGAAAGUUCGAGAUCGACAAGAGCGGUUAGGCGUUCUUCAACAUCUCAUCGAACAGGAGAUCAACCGCUAUUUGAAGGACGAUACCCCUGUCCCGGCUCAGAUGAUGGCGCCCCACGGCGCCUCCAAGAAGCGAAGCGACUCGGUGGCGUCGAUCCUUCGAGUGAACCGGAACGAGGCGCGAGUCUUGUCUUCCAAAGCUCGGGCACCCUACAUGGUGCUCAUGGAGGUGGAAGAUAAGGUGCCUGAAGACAGUCCGGUGAGACAAGGGCUGCUUCGUCGCCUUUGCGCCAGUCGGAGGUCGCCCGUCCAAGCCACCCACCACUUUUCUGCAGUCCCACCGAAGUUCUGGCCACCGGAAGACUCGCCGCCCUCGUGCGCACGGAGCCUGGGCCGAGGGGAACCGCGGCCGAAAGGCGCCUUUCACGAUGAGACCUGGCCCGAGGUGGUUCAGCGCGUCCGUGCACAGAGCGAGUUCGGCAGACGACCGAACUGGAGCAUGAUCCCCAUGAUUGUGAAAAGCAAUGCGGAUGACGUGAGACAAGAGGAAUUGGCCUUUCGGCUUCUCAAAUGGUUUGAGAGAGUCUUCAAGAGGCACAAUCCCAAACUUUGGCUCCAACCGUUUCUCAUCAUUGCCACAACUCACGAUGGCGGAGUGCUCGAGGUGGUGACAAAUGCCAUCAGCAUCAGCGACCUCAAGAAGACCUAUGGCUCUAAGUGGGUGUCACUGAGGAGGUACUUCGAGGAUUCCUUCACGGGCGACGACCAGCCUCACGGCUUUGGUCGGGAAAAAUCGGUGUCUUUCCGCACCGCCAAACUGAACUUCAUCUACUCCAUGGCUGCGUACUCCGUGGUGUGCUAUGUCCUUGCGAUUCGGGAUAGGCACAAUGGCAACAUCAUGUUAAACGACGAAGGUCACGUUUUGCAUGUAGACUUUGGCUUUAUGCUUUGUGGUGCCCCGGGUGGCAAGGCGAUGCAACACAUCGGUGGCUUUGAGCACUCCGCGGGCUUCAAGCUCACCAAUGAGCUGGUGGAGGUGCUGGGCCCCACCGAUGGGAGUGAGUUCCAGGUCUUCCGCUCUGCCAUCCUUGAUGGUAUGAGGGCUGUUCGAUCACAUGCUCAGGAGCUCUUGGGCUUGGUGCAGCUGAGCAUGCUUGGAUCUGAAAACAGUCAAAUGAACUGCUUCUGCCAUCCACGCGGAUAUCCUGAGGCGGUCUUGGAGGAUAUUUGCGACCGCCUGGGACUGCCAGGAGGCGUUCGGAACGGCGGUGACCGAAAGAUCUCCGAUGAGGAGUUUCGGCAAUCGAUCAACAAGAUGAUCGAUGACUCCAUUGAUCACUGGCGCUCUAGAUUGUACGACACAUACCAGUACCACUUCGUGGGGGUUCAUUGA